CAACCCACCCACUCUCACCUUCCGCUGCACUGCAUCUGCUGAGGCAGUGCAGGCCCCACUCCGCCCAAGUCGUACUUACUCGAGCCCCAUUGCGCGUCCUCGUCGUAUACUUCCCAUUCCGCCGCGUCCCGCCAAGAGCUGCGCGUCGCCGAGGUGGCGUAUCUUGCGCUACCCAGUCGGGGCCCACCGCCAAGUGGUAGGUAACCCAACCUCUCUCUCUCUUUCUCACCGUCUCAUGUCCCUCCGCCUUUUCCCCGCCCCCUUCCGUCAUCGGAAAAAAGCGUCAUGGGCUUUUUUUUGCUUCUCUUGCCAAGCGGUGCUGGGGCGGAGUCGAGCCCAGGCCGCAUAGCAGCUGCUAGCGCGUCAUCAUCUCAACUCAAUUUCCUCCGCGGCUGGGGAUCACUGUGACACCUCAGCACCCUCCCACGUCCGCCCCUUGGGCUCCGCUCACGGCUGAAGGGGGUCCCUUCCACGGGAAACACCAUGGCCCCCCGGAUUAUACCCUGUCUCCUUUCAGCACCGACCUGCUUUCUUCUCUGCUCGCAUGAUGCUUACUAUGAUUGCUUUCCAUUUCACUCUGACAAUCAGCAUUUCUUUCUCCAGCGUCUGACCAAUCGUCCCUUUAUAUCACUAGUCUCUGCGUCACCCAUGUCCUUUCUUAUCUCUUCUGCCAAGAAGCCAAGUCAGACGGCUGCUGCCAACGCCACUCCCGGCAAAUGUGGAGCUUAACAUCAAUGUGUUAGGGGCUUUUUAGCGCUCCCUGACAAAAGCGUGCGUUUCGAGCAGUGAGGCUAGGCCGGCUCGACCGCAG